AUGACCCCGGCUACCGGAGGAGUCUCUCCCCCUGCACCAUCAGAGAGUCACAGGUCGAUCCCGUACGACAUCAAGGACGACACUAUACGGCCACCGCGGCGACACGCCCUGCUUCACGUCCCGGACUCAUACAAGUCUGGCGUGCCGAGUCCGCUGAUAGUCGCGCUGCACGGGAAAGGCCAACCAGCCAAGGAGUUCGAGUAUCACACUCAACUCUCCAACGCGGUGUUCAAUUUGCAUUAUAUCGUCGUAUACCCGGAAGGGGUGGAUUUGCAAUGGACGGGCGACCCCGAGGCGCCGCCUCGAGACGAAGUGGAUGAUAUUGGGUUCAUCGACGUCCUGAUCGACCACGUCAUGCGUGACUACACUGUCGACGCCACGCGGGUCUACGUCGCGGGAUUCAGCAACGGCGGAGGGCUCGCUGCACUACUGGCCGGCGACUGGAGAGCGUCCGGGCGCAUCGCCGCAUUCGCCAUGGCUUCCGCCGCCAUUUACCAGGACGAGGCGCUCAAGGAACCGCUAUUCAGCACGCCCCACCCCUCACGGCUACCUGUGCCCAUGUUGGAGUUCCACGGCGACGCAGACCCGGUCGUCCACUACGAGGGCAGAACCACGCCGGACGGGCCGACGUACGACGUCUACGAGUGGCUGCAGGGUUGGGCGAAGAGGAACGGGUGCGUUGACCUCGAGGGCCAGCGUGUCUCCUUGUACGAUGGCAGGGUCGAGAAGAUCGUUUGGAGUAUGCAAGGUAGCGGCCCGUACGGGGAUCAGUAUGCGCACAGUGUGAUUGAGCAUUACAAAAUUGCAGGCUUCGGUCACGGGUGGCCGUCAAGGUAUCCCCUGAACAAUGACAGCCAGGAGCGACACGGUCCAACGUACUUUGACGCGACGCCGCUGGUGAUGGAGUUCUUUGGGAGGUUCAAGCGUUUUGAAGCGUAG